GCAGAAGACGAUCUCCACAUUUCUUCGAAGAGUAAUUUGUAACGAACGUUUGGCGGCCAUUCCCCGAAAAUACGAAGACUUAAGUGUUGUUUUAUAUAUAAGCAACCCGCUCUAACAAAAUAUGUAUAAGAUGAGUAAUAAUUCGUUAAUAUCAGACGAAAAGAUUCUUACUUCUCCUCGGUCUUCAGUUGAUAUACCCAACAUCUCUUUGACAGAAUUUCUCACGUUGACACUGGAAAAAUACGGUGAUAAACUAUUAAUGGUUUCACACGACAAAUCUCGUUUUUAUACUGCCCAAGAUGUCCUUCUGAGCAGCAGACGAUUUGCUAGCGCGCUCAUACGACGUGGUUUGAAAGUAGGAGAUGUAUUUUGCAUUUGCACCGCUAAUAACAUCGAUUAUGCGGCAGCGGCAUUAGGAGCAAUGAAUGCAGGAGCAGUCAUUAGUUUGGGAAAACCCAUGGAUAAAGCAGAGGAACUUCGCUCUAGGCUGGAACAGACUGCUUCUGCUUACCUUCUGGUAGAGAAGAAUAAUUUAGAUAAAGCCAAAAAAGCGACGAAAAACUUACCAAAUUUUCAGGAGAUACUGGUGUUUGAGAAGUCUGAAGACUGUCCAUCGUUUUUGGAACUUGUUGAGGAAGAUGACGGAUCUGCCUUUACUGGUCCUCCUGCGAUUGAUCCUAAAGAAACGCCUUUACUGUUAACGUUUUCUAGUGGAACUACUGGAUUACCCAAAGCCAUUGUACAUACUCAUUACACUUUUCUUUUCACGGUCGUCAUUACCACGCAUCCGACUGUUUGGAAGUUUUCCCAGGAUGACAUUGUUCUUGGAAUGUAUCCAUUUUGCCACGUGGGGGGUUUUCUCUUUCUUAUUAUUGCUCUGUCUGAAGGUGUGACCAUAAGCGUUGUGCCAUCCUACGACUCAGAUUUAUUCUUAGAGGUCAUACAAACACAUAAGGUUUCUGCUGCUCUGGUGUCAGUUUCAAUAGUUUAUCGACUUCUUAGAGACCCCAAGGUGCAACAAUAUAAUCUCACCAGUGUAAAGGAGAUUAUAACAUGGGGAGCUCCUCUUAAUAAGGAAUUCAAUGAAGAAGUUCUUAUGAAGGCUUUUCCUUUCCUAAGAUCUUUCCGACAAGUGUAUGGAUUAAGUGAGCUUCUUGUUAUUGCUUCUGUGGAAAAAGGAAAGAUUACACCUAACUCUGCUGGAAAAUUAACUUCUUCAACAGAAUUAAAGGUUGUUGAUCUCGCCACAGGGGUCACUUUAGGCUCGAAUGAAAGUGGAGAAUUCUAUGUUCGUGGUCUACGGGUGAUGAAGGGCUAUCUUAAUAACCCCAAAGCUACAGCAGAAGUUUUUACGGAAGAUGGUUGGUUUAAAACAGGAGAUUUUGGCCAUUACGACUUGGAGGGAAAUCUCUACAUCACUGACAGGUUAAAAGAAAUGAUCAAAUCAGGAUUUCAUCAAGUUUCUCCUACUGAAAUAGAAUCUGUGUUAUGUAGUCAUCAGGCCAUAGAGGACGCCGCUGUAGUAGGAAUCCCAGAUUCCACUUUAGGAGAAGCGCCUUAUGGAUUUGUGGUGAUGAAACCAGAUAGUCACGUGACACCUGAAAACAUACAUUGUUUUAUUUCCGCUCGUCUAGCGCCAGAGAAACAGCUAAAGGGAUUGGAGUUUAUAGACAAAAUUCCUCGGUCACAGUUCGGAAAGAUUGAACGUAAAUAUUUGAAAGAUCACGUUGUCCAAAAACUGAAGAAAUGAUCACUGGUUAGUGGCUCUGAGGCAAAACAACAACUUAUAUACUUCAUUUUUUAAACAGUAUUUUCUGUGAAUUAAACAGCUACACGAUAAAAGCA